AUGUGCGAAGACGCGGGUUUCGAGGAUGUUUCCGUCUGCCAUAACCCGGAUUACAAGGACCUAGCCCCGCGAAUCGCGGCGAACGGCACAACGCCUAAGCCCCGGGGAAACGACGAAUAUGGGGGAGUGGAAGAGGAGGAAGAAGACGAAGAGGAGGAGGAAGGGGGAGAAGACGGAGAAGGGGAGGAAGAGGAGGAAGGGGGAGGGGGGCGACGAGGGGACGGGGGGAAAGGGGGUGGUGCGCCCAGCAUGGUGUGGUCUGGGCGGGUGUUUGCGCUGCACGACGUGUAUGUGAACAACAAGGGGCAGGUGUUUAACUCCACGCACGUCUUUAACCCCAACGGCUGCUACGCUGAAGAUAAGUUUCACUACGAGGCAUGCACGCGCGUCUCCUCGCACGACUUGCUGGUCAACCUGCUGUUUCACUACGAGCCGGGCACGCGCGUGUCCUCGCACGACUCGCUGGUCAACCUGCUGGUCGUGGGGGCCACGCCCGGCGCCCGUCUGCCCUUCCACGAGAUUCUCGAGCUCGUGCCGCUCUUCCUGCCGCUCUCCCGCGUGCUCAAGAAGCACGGCAAGCCCGCCCUCGUCAUGCGCGGCAAGAAGCUGCCUCGAGUGGUGGGCAUCACCAUGGGUCGCAUGCUCUCCUUUGGCGAUGCGUCUCGCCUCCUCUUCGUGCGAACGCUAAUCCAGCACUGCCAGCAACCCAGCCCCUCUCUGUGGUCCAAACUGCGCACCUCCCACUUCCUGCAACCCUGGGGUCUGCCCCUCCUCAACCCUGACUGGUCCGAACGCCUUCCCCCCACCGCCCCCAAGGCCCUCUCUCCCCCUGCCGCCCUCCCCCCCUGGGAGACAAGUGGGGUGAAAGAGGUGAUAGUUCUCGAGCCACCAGCAACAGUCCAGGUGAAGGGAUUUGCAGAGAUUGUAGCAGGGCUGAAGGGGAAGUUUGGCGCCGAGCAUGUGAGGCUGGUGGGAAGGUUCCAAAGAGAUGACGCCAAAGAGUUGUUUCCCCGGGCGGCGCUGCUCGUCAGCAUCACGAGCCCGUUUCUCGUCAACCUCGCGUUCCUGCCGCCCCGCGCCGCCCUGCUGGAGCUCCGCCCGCCGCCCGCUGAGGUGGACGCGGUGAUCGCUGACUCAGUCGCCAGGCUGGCAGCGGCUUGCCAGAUCCAUCACCGCGUAAUUCGAGGAAGCUUCAUGGAAGGAGCACCAGCUGAUGGUGUGGGGAUAUGGAAAGGGGCUGAGGAGGGUACGGGGAAGGGUGCGGUGGAGUGGAGGAGCGGGGCUGUAGAGGCAGCAGCGAUGUUUUUGGCUCGAGUGGUCGGGAAAGCAUUAACAGCCGAUGAGAAAGUAGUGGAGGAGGCAGCUCUGACGGCUGCCGACCAGCGAAUGAGGGCUGCACAGCUGGCGCAGGCCUCCACCAGUAAGAAGCCGCUGAUUCCCGGUACGCAGAUCCAAUCUCCACAGUCCGCCGCCCAGUUUCGGCGCUGGCUGCGGUGCGUAAGUCAGCGGGGGCGGUGGGCGUACAACGCCACGCCGCGCAUCCUCCCUUGGGAGUACCUCGGUACCAUGAACCUGUGUGACCACCGGCAUCGGGACACCACUGGAGGACUCGUGACAAAAAAAGCAGAUAAGUAUGCGGUGGAGGACGGCGCGCCGGGCGGCUGGAGCGUGCGCGAGUCGCUCAAAUACGAGUGGAGAACGCCGCCCGGGAAGUGCCCGAUCGGGCCGCUGAGGCAGCUCGACGGGGAUAUGUUUUGCCGGAAAGUGGAGGGGAGGAAAGGUGGGCUGAAUGUGCUGUUUCUGGGGGAUUCCCUGGCGCAUCAGAUGGUUGACAGCUUCCUCAACGGCCUUCUGAGACACAUUCCCAAGCCUGCGGUUCACCAUCACUCCCUCGCUGCUAACACCGUCAAUAUAGUCACAGGCAAAUCAGACCUUCCCCCUGCCCCUUCCGCUGCUCCUUCCCCCUUCCCUUCCGCCACUCCCAUGACUGCUCCUUCCGCUGCCCACCUUCCCCCUUCGGAUAUCCCCCCUGCCGCUCCCCCCAUCCCCUCCGCUCCACGAACUUCCCCUUCCGCUUCCCCCAUCUCCCCCUCCGCGCUCCUAGGCGCGCUCUCCUCCCUCCAGUCAAAGAUAUCCGCGUUACAAGUGCUGGUUCCGCUAGUGGCACAAUCCGGCCCGUCAGAGGCGCUGCAGCAGCAACAGGAGGUGGCAGCAGUGGGAGUAGCGACGGUGAUACAGCAGGUGGCAGCGGCAGCAGUGGGGUUGCUACCGCCGCACCUGCAGGAAAAGCUGGUUGUUCCGGACAUUGCUGGCGCGGUUUAUGGCAGGGCAGGUGCUUCAGACGCGCCUGGGAAUGCGCAGCAGCAGCAGCAGCAGCAGCAGCAGCAGCAGCAGCAGCAGCAGCAGCAGCAGCAGCAGCAGCAGCAGCAGCAGCAGCAGCAGCAGCAGCAGCAGCAGCAGCAGCAGCAACAGCAGCAGCAGCAGCAGCAGCAGCAACACCAGCAACAGCAACAGUAUCAGCAGCAGCAGCAGCCGCAGCAGCAACAAGGAGAAGAGCAGCAGGAGUAUCAGUAUCAGCAUCGAAAUCCGUAUCAGCAGCAGCAGCAGCAGCAGCAGCAGCAGCAGCAGCAGCAGCAGCAGCAGCAGCAGCAGCAGCAGCAGCAGCAGCAGCAGCAGCAGCAGCAGCAGCAGCAGCAACAGCAGGAGGCGGGCCUUACAGACAACACCAACCAGCAAGAGGAGCAGCAGCAGCAGCAGCAGCAAGAAGAUCUGGUACCUCAGAUUGAGUUGUUGCGAAGGUUCUUAGAAGCUCGCAACCAGCAGCUGCAAGCACCCCAGGCGAACGAAAUAGAGGGUGGGACGAACGUGGCAGGCCCAGGAGACUCGAGAGAGGUGGAGACGGCAGGCUCGGGUGCUCUGCCUGUUGUUGAGUCGACUCCAAGCAUGCAGAGGCCAAGUCUCAGGGGGGUGUGCGGUUUGGAAAGGGAAGGCCAGGUGAACUGCAGUACGUUGCACGACCAAGGACUGCGGUGGGGUGCGGUGAUGGCAGGUGUGGACGGGGCUUUGGAGGAAAGAAGAAGGGAGGGGGGAGGGGGGCAUGGGGGUGGGGGUGAGAUGAUGGCAUGGGGUGGUGGUGACGUCAUGCAUGGUGCCGUGAAGGAGGAAGUGCAGGCCAUGGAUGACGUCAGCAUGGGUGGUGGUGACGACAUCAAUGGGACGCCCAUGCCUUUGCGAGGAACCUAUUAUGGGGCACCUGAUGUGGCACCUGACGUUACACCUGAUGACGCACCUGAUGGUGCUGCAUAUGAUGGUGGCGCUGGUGGUGGUGCCAUGGCAUGUCAAGCAGUUGUUGUUCCCACGGCUUCACAUGGUAACUGCGUGGUACCAAGUGGUAACCGCGUGGUACCAAGUGGUAACACCAGAGCAUCGCAUGAUAACGCCAUGGUAUUGUAUGAGAACGCCAUGGCAUCUCAGAGUACUGGCAUGCCGCCCAGUGUCAGCAUGGGUGGCGCAAGCAGCAGUCAGGGCGGCAGCAGUAGUGUGGGCGGCAGCGUUCUGGGCGGCAGUGGAAUGUGCGACAGCGUUUGGGGCGGCGGCAGUGUUUUGGGCGGCAGCGGCGGCAUGGGUGUGAGGAGAGGCAGGAUACGGGGGAGUAGAGGAGGGAUUGUGGGAGGGGGGAGGAAGGGGGGCGGCAGAGGAGGGAGAGGAGGGAGAGGAGGGGCAAGAGGGGGAAGAAUUUUACCUGAGGCAAGUAGAGAGGAGGAAGAGAGUGAGGGGCAAGUGGUAAGAAGAUCAAAACUUGGAAUUUCUGUGAAGGCUGAGAGUCAACUUGGUGGUGGGAGUGGGAAGGAUGAAGAAGAGGAGGACGAUGAUGAUGAGGAAGAGGGGGGGAGGAGCAGUGAAGGGGUGACACGUGGCGAGUUUGAAUUGGUGGAGCUGCAGGUCGACGAACUUCUAGCAGAGCACACUCUGUUCUGUGAGGUGUGUGGGAAGGGCUUUAAGCGCGACGCCAACCUCCGCAUGCACAUGCGGGGCCAUGGCGACGCCUACAAGGGUGCCACCUCCCUCUCUCGCCCUGCGCUCUCCGCCGCCCGCUCCGCCACUCACCCCGCCGCCCGGCCGCAGCGCUACAGCUGCCCAGAGCCCGGAUGCAAGCGCAACCAGCAGCACCCGGAUUUCCAGCCGCUGAAAACGAUUCUGUGUGUGAAGAAUCACUACAGGAGGACGCACUGUGCGAAGCAGUACACGUGCAGUCGGUGCGGCGUGAAGCAGUUUGCUGUUCUGGCUGAUCUGCGCACGCAUGAGAAGCACUGUGGCCGGUCCUCCUGGAAAUGCUCCUGCGGGUCGUCCUUCAGGUGGGUUCGGGUGGGUCCAGGCGGGCUCUCAGGUGGGUUUCGGUGGGUUCACCUCUCUCAAUUCACAGGCCGCCAUGCCGUUGCUGCCAACCCAUCAGACUUUGAGUCAACUCAAACCCCCAAACCUUCCCCUUCUUCCCUGUCUCCCCCCUUCCUCCACCUCUCCCCCCUUAUCCACAGCCACAAGGACAAGCUACUGGUCACCUCAAACCCUCUACCUGUCAACCCCCCUUCCCCUCCCCCCUCCUCUCCCCCUCUUUUUCACAGCCGCAAGGACAAGCUACUGGGUCACCUCUCUCACUGCACGGGCCAUCAUGCUGUUGCGGCCGGCCCAGUAAACUCAAAGUCCCUUACCCCACCCAUCCUCCCUCGGCCUCUCCCCAUCCCCCCCUAUCCACAGCCGCAAGGACAAGCUACUGGCCGCAAGGACAAGCUACUGGGGCACCUCUCUCACUUCACGGGUCACCACGCCGUUGCUGCCGGCCCCUCUGACCUCCCACUGCCCGCCCUCCCUUCCCCCGCCGCCUCCACGCCUGCUGCUGCUGUCGACGCUGCCAUCGCCGCUGCUUCUGCCGCUGUUUCUGGUGCUGCUGCUGGUGAUACUGCUGGCGGCAGUGGUGGUGGUGAUGGGAGCAGUAGUGCUGCCUUUGCUGGUUACCAUGAGGGGAACAGUGGGGUUGCCAUGGGAUUGGCUGGAGGUGGGGGGAGGGUAAGUGUUGGCGCCAGCAGGAGCAGCAGUGUGGUAGAAGCAACUAACAUGGCUGCCGGCGGUUCUCCUGCUGCUCCCUCUACAGUCACUGCUCCCUCUGCAAUCACAUCCGACACCAUGGCUCGCUACGCCGUCGUCGCCUUCGCUCUCCUCGCCCUCUUCGCCGUGUGCCACGCGCGGCCCGCACCACUCGAUGACGAUAUCACCGAUAACACCGUUGUCCCCAACCUCAAGGGACUCUCCCGGGAGAAGAUUCAGGAGCUUGCGUUGACAGAUCUGGCCGCAUGGGACGAGGAGGACAACGGCGUGAGUGCCGCUGAGGCUGAUAAGAUCGUUGUCGAUGAGGAUAACACCGUCGCUGCCACUGACGACGCCGCUGACGACUCCGACAAUACCGUGGCUGCGUCUAGCGAGGAUGUUGCCGACUCCGACAACUCCGUCGUCGCGUCGUCCGCGGAGGCUGCUGAUGAAGACAACACCGUGGCUGUUGCCGAGCCUGCUGACUCGGACAACACCGUGGCUGUUGUGGCUACCGAGGCUGAGGAUGACGUUGUUGCUGUGAUGCCUGAGGACAACGUUGCUACCGCUUCCGCCGCCAAGUCGACCGACAUGGGUAUUGCCAUGGUUGUGUAA